CUCGAAAUUGCAAGAAAAUAUCAUAUCCUAACUCUGGAUAGCCUGGACUAAACUUUUUGGGGCUCUGAUUUUGACGUAAUUGUGAAUUUUAAGGUCGUACAGUUCUCAAGUACUGUAAUUUACACUCACUUGACAGACUUUUCCUUCCACCCCUCGAAUACUAGAGCACGAGUACAAGUACAGUACAGUGCUCGAGUACUGGACAUUUUCUUCUUCGCCCCCCGCACGACCUCAUCCCCCCUGCCCACCCAUUUCCCGAGAGGAUAAACAAAAAAUUCACCACUCCCCCCUCCACUGUCCUAAAGUUACCCUUCACUCGGUCUCUUCCCUUCCCCCUUCCUGUCUAUGCCGCUCCUCGGGUGCAGCAGCGCAUACCAUAGGCUAGUUGAGCUUUUUGUGUCGUGGUACUACUAAUAUUGCACCCCCCUCGCUGGGAUAAAACCCUAGUAUGGCCGACUUCUUCCCACCUUUUACAUCCUCCCCCGGACGAGCCUCCCUUCUCGGUUUAGGUCUACCGCCCCUCUCCUCGGCAGAGAACUCCCCUCCAGCAGCCCUCAGAUCCGCCCCCUCUUCUCGGUUCCAUCGCGAGCAGCGGAAAGCUCUGCACUCCGCGCCAGAUGAGUCCGACGACGGAUGCUCCCCGCAUCCCUCUAUCUACGAAGCAUCCCCGGUAGCCUCUGAUGAGGAGUGUCAAAGCGAUAAGGAACCCUUGUCAGUAUGCUUCGAGACAGCAAAACCGCAGGCAGCCGAUCUCCUCUCUUCGAAUCCUGACGGAACAUAUUCACCACCAGGCGGAAGGGAUAUCUCUCGCUUCUCCGGCCUAUCCCUAUUAGAGACUAUCACGGAACAGAAGAGUGCGAGUACACAACCGGAAGAGGGGGGCCAGAGGUCCUAUACCCAAGUUCCGACAGAGGACGACGAUGAAUCGGAGGACGAGGAGCUCGAGCAGUACUAUGAGUAUGCGAGUCCAACGCAACCGCUGCACCCAGCCCUGUCAACAUCUGCUCCGCAGUACACAGAAUCGCCAUAUCCAUCGCCUUCCCAAAGUCAUCCUACAUCAGCUCCUGCUAGCAACUCUUUUUUUACCCGCGGUUUACCACCCUCCCCUCGUCCCUUCCCCCAUCAACCGAACUUCCGCCCCGCGGUGUCCAUGAAUCGUUCAUAUGGGACCCUCUCCUCUCAUCCAUUCCACCGCGCUCCUGUACUCGCCACCUUUCCUGGUGGUUACCCCACCGAUAACAUGGGUACGCCUGACUCGCUCCAAAGUCCAAGCAGCAGGAGCAGGGCAGGUAGUCUGCAGGAAGGAGGGAUUUGGACAAUGAUAUCCCACGCAUUUUGCGCCUUCUGUUGCUGCGUUAGCGUCGGUGAUUCCGAGCGCUGGGGCGAGCAUCCUUAGCUGACGCACCAGGGGGCAACAAUGAAGGAUGAUUAACUAAUUGAUGAUUCUGUAAAUGAUCGAAAGAAUGGCGUUUUUUCUGCUUUUAGAAGCUUCCUUUCAUUUCCCCCUCCUCUUAUACCCGGUGGCCUUUUGUCGUCUUUUUAUGCUUGUUUUUCUUCUUAAUAGAAAAGGAAUGAUUAAUAACCAUCUGGCGCGGUUGGUGUUGCCGGCGGCAUUACAGUAUCUUUCCUUUCCAAUUCCGAUCAUUACAAGUCUAUAGGUUUACAAAUGGUAUUAGUUAGCAGUAGUAUUGGUAAUAUUAGUCGCAGUAUAAUAGUAGCAGUAAGUUGGGGCAGGAACGAGUGUUUGAUAUGAUGGUGGAGGCCAGGGGGAAUAUUAUAAUGCCCUACUCAUCACUUAUGCUGCACCUUCCUUAGGGGCGGUCCGCAAGUAUAAUACUGUAUGAUAUGCUGUUAUAUGAGUGCAUUUCAGCAAGAAAAGGAGAAAAUUCCGGGGAUCCAGUAUCUGGUAGAAUAGCAUCUGACCCUUUUUGGAAAAUUUAAAACAUUAAAACCCAACGAA